AUGAACAAUGAGUGCGACCCCUCGAACCGCGGGCCUGCGCAGCCGAAUGCCGUCCAAGCCGACACCCUCGGCCUCCCGAAACCCGCAUUGGCCCGACGCAAAGCGGCCAUUGAACUCAUCGAAGCCGUCAUUUUCACAUUAUACAUCGCAACCCCUGAAGCUAGCGAAACCCUCAUCCCAAUGUCGCGCAUCGCGAUCCUGGUAGUCUCCGUAACCCUCUGCUCUGCUAUGCACCGCACGACCCCUGACGUCCUCAAAAUCCACGAUACAGUUCCCUCACACACUCAUAAUUCCCAGAUUGUCAAGCUCCCAACUGUUCCAAACAACCAAAAUCAUCCCUCCAUUUCAUUGCCCCUCGACAAAGGCAGCUCCUCUAGAACUAUAGACAUGGAUCUUGAACCCAUUCUGCCUCAUAUUCCCCUAACCCUAUCAGUCACAGCCGAAACUCAGAAAACCAAAGGCAAGACUUGGAAAAGAGCUACCAACAACUCUGGCAGGGUAUAA